AUGCGUUCGAGCAUCGCUUGCGCCCGCUGCCGUCGCAGCAAGAUCAAAUGUGUCAACGCUGGCAUCGAUACCACCUGUCGCGCCUGCGAAUCCUCCGGUCGUGAAUGUGUCUACCCCACCCCGGCUAUCGGCGUCGGCGCCGCCGCCAAACGCGACAUCGCCGCCAUGGCUGAUGGCGACGAUCGCAAUGGCGACUGGGACAGUCCCAAGCGUCAGCGCUCCCGAAAGACCGUCGGCGUCUCUGCCGCCGCCAAAGAUGCCGCCAAAGCGUCGCUGGACGUGCUGGACGCGUCCGUCCUGACCAUCAAGGUCUGGGAAUCCGUCUUCGAUCUCUUCCAGUCGCACUUUGCCACCCUCCUGCCCUUCCUGCAUCCCGCCUCCUUCAUGGGUCAGAUUCGACAGCUGUCGGGCUCCCAUUCCAUCUCCUCCUCGUCCACUGUCACCACCACGGCCUCCACCGCUCCCGCGCGACCAGAGACAACGCGCGAUCCCCAGAGCCCCCCGGCGUCCAAAUCCGAACCGAAUCCCCUCCUCCCCCUCGGCGUCCUUGCACUCACCGCUCGCUUCCACCCCCAACUCGUCGCCUACCACUCGCCCGCCGCCCCGGGCAACCCAUCCAACCCCCUGGUGGCCUCGGAAUACUAUGCGACCGCCUUGCGCAGCCGGCUGGCCGGCGCGGAUGGCGCCAGCCUCGCCGUGCCCGAUCUCACCCGCGUCCAGGCCCUGCUCAUGCUGGCGCUGCAUGAGUGGGGCAUGUGCCGCGGCAAGAGUGCCUGGUUGUACGUGGGCAUGGCCAUUCGCAUGUCGCAGGCCAUGGGCCUCCCAUUCGAACUGGAAAAUGAGGUCUUCUACCGAGAAGCGCUCCGUGUCCCCGCCCUCAAGGCGGAAUCCGAGAUCUUUGGCCUCUCCCGACGCCCUGUGGAACCCAAAGACCAGACGUCUGAUGACGUGAUUGCCCAAGAAACCAAGCGUCGGACCUUUUGGGCGUGCUUCCUGCUGGAUCGCUGUUUGAGCAGCGGCAAGUACCGUCCUCGCAUGAUCCGCAUCAAAGAGUUGGGCAUCCAACUGCCCAGUGACAAUGCCUUUGCGUUUGGAGAGCGGGUGCGCACCUCCCGGCUCGGUGAGCCGGUCGCGCGCCGCCCCCAGAGCUUCGGUGCCCAAGGAGUGCAGAUCCCCAGCAUCCGUCAGAGUCUGGGCGGAUUCGGGGAUGACAAGCUCCCGAACGCGGCCCCGUCCGACCCCAAGUCCUGGUCGCCCAUCUCGCGGAGAAAAGACUCCAGCGAGGAUGAGAUUGACCGGUGGGAGGUGGGUGCCGAAGAGGCGGUGUUGAGCCGCGUUAUUCGCAUUAUCCGCAUCUGGGGGAGUAUCGCCAAGUGGUCAUGCACUGGCGGAAGAAGAAACGAACAGUUGCCCCCAUGGCAUCCUGAUUCGCGCUUCUCCAAGCUUCGAAUGAUGCUGGGGGAGUUUCAGGAUGGCCUGUCGCGGAAUCUGCAGUAUUCCCCACGCAAUACAGACACCCAUAUCAUGUACAAGAACACCCUCGCCCCCUACACCGUCAUGCAUGUGGUCUAUUUCUUGUCCAUGAUUGUUCUCCACCGCGCGUACAUUCCCUUCUUGCCCAUGCGGUGCGCCGAGCCGGUCGGUCCGCUCGACGAGCCUCUCUUUCCCGCCGAGAAGACGGGUGUCUCCGAGGCGUUCUGGCGCGAGAGCGCGCGCGAGCUCUUCAGCGCGGCUCGGCAAGUGAUGGAGCUGGUGGUCACCUGCCAGGAACGCGGCGUCCUAGUGGAAAGCCCGUUGGUCGGUUUCGCCAUCUAUCACGCGGCCUUUCUCGGUAUCUAUGCGGCUCACUUCCCGCAUAUGGACCCCGACGGCGUUUUGAGUCCCAAACCCACCGGCGACCGCAACCAUCAAGGCCAACUGCAGGCCCGCAAGGUGAUCGAUAUCCUGCGGGAGAUGCGUGCGCGCCUGAAAAUGGCCCGGGGAUGGUUCCGGACCCUGAACCGCGUCCACAGCUACUUCUCUAAAGUAAAGCGUGAUUAUCGCCGCCAGUCGCGCAAGGUCGACAUGGUCGAUGGGAUGGACGCCCAUACCAACGGCAUCCGUGCCGGUCUCGACGAGUUCAAACUCAUCGAGAAACUGUUCCUGGACUUUGGCUCGAUCGAGGAUCAACUGCCGGAGAACGCUCCGGAAGAGGAUGGUGCCGCCGCGGCCAGUGACCGGGCGACGAACCUCAGCGACGCCGGUAGUAACGCCGUUCGCAGCGAGACUGGAGAUGCGGGCGAGCCACCGUUGGACGGUGCGGGGGGCCGUCGCGAAUCCUGGGUCCCCGUGAAUAGCCCCGGCAUGCCUCUUCCUGGGCCGGAUGGGGAGCGCCGACCGAGCCUGCCCUUGCCACCAAGCCGCUCGUUGCAGUCUCAGUCGCCCUUCUCUCUCCCAUCCUUGCAGCAUCACCCCGAGGGUGGCUUAUACAACAGCUCCUCGCCGACCCUACCCUCGAUUGCCCCCUCCGGCUCGUAUGGCCCGCCUCCCACCACCUCGGCGGGCCCGACCUCGCAGUACAGCGUCAUGCCGCCGCAGUCCAACCGACUUCAGCCACUGAACUCGUGGCUGAAUAACCGACAACAACCUCCCCCUCCCCCAUACUCCCAAUCUCUCCCCCCCAUCAAUGCGACGACGUCUGGUCUGCCGCUGCUCCCACCCCCGGGCUCGGUCGGUCACCCGGGGGCCUCGCCACCGAUGACGGUGGAUGGGAUGGACCACCUGGGCUCGAGCGGUCCCUGGACGACGAGUCUGGGUGGAGAAGAUGUGCUCGCCUUCCUGGAAGGAUGCGAGUUCGAACCGCUGCCGGUCACGAUCUCACCCGCUUUGGGUGUUUCCGCUGGCUGGCUGACUACAGUCUGGACCGAGUUUGUCCGGUAA